AGAGGAAACCAAUCAGGUUAGUACAGGGCUGACAUCACACCGUCUAUUUAAGAAGUCAUGGCAACUGAUGAAGCCGCAGUGAAGCUUUGGAGACUGAUGUGCGACUACGCACAGACAGACAGACAGACAGACAGACAGAGAGACACACAGACACAGACAGUGCGUGUGAGCCACAGACACCCCAACCAGAGCGCCAGCCUUCCCGCCGCAGCCUUUAACCCCUCGACCGGACAGAGAGAGAGAGAGAGAGAGACCCUUUCGACCGGGAGGGAAAGGGGAGGACUGGAUUCUUGGCGCAGAGGGGGAAAAACGAGAGAGAGAGAGUGAGAGAGAGAGAGAGAGAGAGAGAGAGAGACGGUUUGGUUUGGCGUCGCCCUGAGAGCUGUCACCGAGUUGCGCGUCGGCGUCUCACACCGGGUACCGUUCGUUUGGGAAGUGGACUCUGGGGACCUCCAUCCCAUCACCUCCCGAGGAGCGGAUUGUAGCCUCGAAACAGCUGCCCGGAGAGGAGAGAGAGAGAGAGAGAGAGGAGAGAGGAGGAGAGAGAGAGGAGGAGAGAGAGAGAGAGAGGGGAACCCUCCGGACUCGCCGCGGGGGGUCACAGGACCCGAAACCCCCAGUCCCGCCUUCGGAGCGCCUCCUUUCUAUGUCUACGAAGAUGGAGCAGCCCUUCUACCACGACGACGCCUUCCUGUCGGGUUACGGCCACGCGGAGUCGGGGCUACACGACUACAGCUCGAAGCUGCUCAAACAGCACAGCCUGAGCCUGAGCCUGAGCCUGGCCGACCCUUCCCGGGGGGGAGGAGGAGGGGGAGGAGGGGGAGGAGUGGGGGUGAAGCCGCACCUGAGGGCGGGCGGGGAGGACUACCUCCUGGGCAGCCCUGACGGGGGGCUCCUCAAGUUGGCCUCCCCCGAGCUGGAGCGGCUGAUCAUCCAAUCGAGCAACGGGGUGAUCACCACCACCCCCACCCCCACCCCGGGACCCCAGUACUUCUGCGCCCGGAGCAUCACCGACGAGCAGGAGGGCUUCGCCGACGGCUUCGUGAAAGCCCUGGAGGAGCUCCACAAGAUCAACCAGGCGCCGCCCAACGUGUCCCUGGCCAACCCGGGCAUGGCCUGCCCCCCCCCGCCCCCCGGGGCGACCCCCGCCACCGCCACCACCGCCACCACCGCCCCCACCCGCCGAGCAGCCGUCUUCGGGGUCUCGGUCCAACCCGACAUCCCCCCCGUGUACACCAACCUGACCUCGUACGCCUCCGGGCACAGUUACCCCACCGCCACCAUCGGGUACCUGCCCCAGGUCCACCCGCCCUACCCCCCCACCACCACCACCCUCCUCCUCCUCCUCCUCCACCCACCACCACCACACCAGCACCACCACCACCACACGCUGCCCCUCGGCCACCCCCGGCUCCAGAACCUGAAGGAGGAGCCGCAGACCGUGCCCGAGGUGCAGAGCCGCGGAGAGACCCCACCGCUGUCCCCCAUCGACAUGGAGAGCCAAGAGCGCAUCAAGGCCGAGAGGAAGCGCCUGAGGAACCGGGUGGCGGCGUCCAAGUGCAGGAAGAGGAAGCUGGAGCGCAUCUCCCGACUGGAGGACAAGGUGAAGAGCCUCAAGUCGGAGAACAGCGGCUUAGCCACCACGGCCUCGGUGCUGAGGGAGCAGGUCACCCAACUCAAACAGAAGGUCAUGUCCCACAUCAGCAGUGGCUGUCAGAUAGUCCUGUCCCCCAAACUCCAGAGUUUCUGAAGAGCCUCUUCCUCUCCUCUCCUUCCUCCUCCCUUCCUCUCCUCCCUCCCUCUUCCUCCUCUUUCCACCGACAAAAGACAAUUGUGAUCACACUGGAAACUCAGAAACGAGAAGACUUAAAACUAGAAGGACUUUGAUAAGACUUUUAGACACUGAAAUGCGCUGCGAGAACGAGAGACCCGAACCCUUGGAGUCUGUCCUCAUCAGUCAGAGACAAUUGCAAAGGAGAGUGAGUGUAUGUGUGUGAGUGUCUGUGUGUGAGUGUCUGUGU